UGACCUCAUCUCAAUUCGCAACUCCAGACACACAAUUCAAUUCGUCCUGCCCCCUCAUCUAUCAACCUGAACCCACCCAAGUAACCAACAUCAUGGCUCCCAAGAUUGCUAUUGUAUACUACUCCAUGUACGGCCACGUUAAGACGUUGGCCGAGGCUGAGAAGAAGGGUGCUGAGAAGGCCGGCGUGACCGUCGACCUCUUCCAGGUUCCGGAAACUCUCUCCGAGGAUGUUCUGGGCAAGAUGCAUGCACCUCCCAAGGCUGACGUGACGGUCUUGGAGGAUCCGGCAACUCUUGAGCAGUACGACGCGAUGCUCAUCGGUAUCCCGACCCGUUACGGCAACUUCCCUGCUCAGUGGAAGACCUUCUGGGACAAGACCGGCAAGCAGUGGGCGGCCGGUGGCUUCUACGGCAAGAUGGCUGGUCUCUUCGUUUCCACUGGCACUCUUGGUGGCGGCCAAGAGUCCACAUGCCUGGCUGCCAUGUCCACCCUUGCCCACCACGGUAUCAUCUAUGUUCCCUUUGGCUACACCAAGGCAUUUGGCCUGAUGUCCGAUUUGAGCGAGGUGCACGGCGGUAGUGCCUGGGGUGCUGGUACCUUUUCGGCUGCUGAUGGUAGCCGUCAGCCCUCGGCACGCGAGCUCGAGAUUGCUGAGAUUCAGGGUGAAUCCUUUGCGCAAACCGUGCUCAAGCACUUUGGCUAGAUCCGAUCAGUACAUACAACGACAUAAUAGAUCUGGACUGACCUAUCCCACCGGCUUACCCGCUUGAUUGCGUCCCUCGUAUAUGUGCCAACCACAGCAAAGGCC